GUAAAAGUGGAUGGUUCGGAGAUAAGUUUUCCGUUCGUGGUAACCGCAAACCUGUCGAGACCAAUAUUAGGAGCAGAUUUCCUAAGAGAAGUAAAAGCCAUAGUUGACCUAAGAAGCGGUAAGGUGGUCACGAAGUACGGUUCAUUCUCAAUACAUGAAAGUAGUGAGGUGGCUGAGGUUAGAGUGGCAACAGCCGUUGUGACGAAGAAACCAAACAUAACCGAGUUGUGCAAAAAGUAUGCGAAACUGUUUACUGGAGAAGGAGAACCGUACGGAUUUUGCGACAAAGUAAAGCACGAAAUCCCGAUAAAGAACAAUGAAGGAAGUAUAUUCACAACACGUCGUAUCCCUGUGCACUUAGAGGCUGAAGUAAAUCGACAGGUCCAAGAGAUGCUGAAAGAAGGAAUAAUUGAGGAGGCGGACAGCCCGUAUAGCUCACCGGUACUCUUGGUAAAGAAACCGAAUGGGAAAUAUAGAUUUUGUGUUGAUUUUAGAGAACUGAAUAAUAUAACAGAACUAAAGCCGUGUGCAAUGCCAACAGUAGUGGAAACAUUAGAUCGGCUGCAGAAUGCCACGGUGUUUACAGUGUUGGAUUUGCGGUCAGGUUAUUGGCAGCUGCCUAUAAAAGAGAGCGAUCGAAGCAAGACAGCAUUUACCAUACGUGAUAAACAAUAUCAAUUUAGACGAAUGCCGUUCGGAUUGGCGGGCGCACCUUUUACGUUCAGAAGAUUAAUGUCGCUACUGCUCAGGGAUCUAGAUAACGUCGAAGUGUAUGGCGACGAUGUAGUCGUAUACAGCCAGACAGAAACAGAUCAUGUCAAGCAUGUGGAAGCGGUCCUAAAGCGAAUUGAAGAAUUCGGACUUCGAAUUAAUAAGGACAAGUCACAGAUGGCGAAAAGUAGCAUCACGUUGUUGGGGCAUAAAGUGGGAAAUGGAGAAAUAAAACCACUGCUGGAGAAAAUUCUGACUAUAAAGAACGUUGCAGUACCGAAUUCGAAAAGGAAAUUGAGACAGUUCCUGGGAAGGGCGGCGUUCUACAGUCGGUUCAUCAAGAAUUUCAACGAAAUAGCAGCACCCCUUUAUAAGUUGUUGAGUAACACUAAAUUUUCGUGGACUGAAACCGCCCAACAAACGUUUAAUCAAAUCAAAAACAUGCUGGACGACCGCCAGAUGACGCUCAGACUGCCCGAACUGGAGAAACCGUUUACAGUGACAACAGACGCAAGUGACCAUGGUAUAGGUGCCGUUUUAAGUCAGUCUGAUAGAGUAGUGGAAUACGCAAGUCGCGUUCUCACGCCUGCGGAACAGAAGUAUUCAACGAUCGAAAAGGAGUGUUUAGCGAUUGUGUGGGCAGUAGACAAGUGGAGACCAUAUCUGUUAGGUAAACGAUUUCACAUCGAGACUGACCAUAAACCUCUGCAGUGGCUGCAAACAGCACGAGACCCACGUGGGAAGUUGGCGCGAUGGAUGAUACGUCUGCAGGAGUAUGACUUCAGUAUCGGGCAUGUUCCAGGGAAGGAAAAUGUGAUGGCGGACUAUCUGUCAAGAACAGACAUGGAAGCCGAGCUUCCAUUGACAGCAUACGCAGUGAACAGUAUAGAGGGAGACCCACUAGAACUCGUCCGGCAACAGAAAUCUGAUCCUAAACUGCGAGAGGUAAUCAGAGUGAUAAGAGAGGGGGCAGAUUUUGACAAACGAGCAAUGGACAAGGAGGCAAUAAUGUUGCUUCGGCAAAAGGAAAGACUGAAAGUGAACACAUAUGGAGCUCUGAUCUGGCAGGAUGAUGACAAAAAUUGGGUGGCUGUGAUCCCGAAAUACUGGCGGCGUAAGAUGAUACACGAAUGCCAUCAGGUAGCGCACACUGGUAUCGCAAGAACGACAGAUUUACUACGGCAAAGUGCAUACUGGCCAGGCAUGAGAGACGAUGUGGCCCAAUAUGUGUUGACGUGCCAGCAGUGCCAAUUAAUGAAAAGCGAUAGAUACAUGCAACCGCCAUUGCAGUCGGUCCCAGUAACCGCAGUUGGUGAUCUAUGGUCGGUAGAUGUGAUGGGACCAUUUCCACAGACGGAUAGCGGCAACCGAUACUUACUAGUUAUGACGGAACAUGCUACACGAUGGGUCGACGCUGUACCGAUUGCCGACCAGCGGGCGAAAACAGUGACCGAAGUAAUAAUCCGGCACAUUGUAGCAGGUCAUGGAGUACCGAAGAUGAUACUAACCGACCAGGGUCCCUGUUUUGAAAGUGACGAGUUUAAGGCCCGUUUGAAGCAGUUCGGUAUCAAGAGGAUACGAACUACACCGUAUCACCCUCAGACGAAUGGGCUUACGGAAAGAAACAACCGGACAUUAAAGGAAUGGUUAGCAUCUAAAGGAGGGAAUUGGGAGAAAGAGUUACCACUAAUUUUGCUGGCGCAUCGUGCCUCCAUCCAAGGAACAACUAAGAAAUCACCUUUCCUACUUAUGUAUGGUAGACAGCCACGACUUCCGAUGCAUAAUAUGACGUGGCCACAGCAGCAGAAGUGGACGGCAACAAGAUUAAGGAAAGAGAGGACGGAGGCAAUAAAGAACGUGAAAAAGAAACAAAUAUCAGACACCAAGAAGGUGGAACAGCAGAGAAGAGCAUGGAAGCCUUUUAGAGUGGGGGACCUGGUAAAGUGUAGAGAACGGAGAGCUAACACUGAAGGGGGACCAGGGUCAGGAAAGCUGACCCCGAAAUGGGAGGGACCGUACAUUAUCACGGAGAGACGCGGCCCAGUUUACACGAUCCGGAGAGAAGACAAGCAGAAGCGUGUAAAUGCCAGUCAACUACAGAGAUGGUUUCAGGAACAUCAUGAGCACGAGUCACGAACAGCACCAAAGGAGACAAUGGUACGGCGAUCAGAAAGAUUGCGAGAACAGCUUAUUAAAAGGGGGGACGAGUGUGGUGUGAGCUACUGAUAUCGAUAUAAGUAGUAUAUAUGGUGAGUAAGGAAUAGAAUAUCUGACAGCAGAAGAUUGAGAAGAUCAAGAAGAGAAGAACAGAAAUAAAAAGCAAUUUGUGUGGAAAUCCAGGAACAAUGAAGUCUGAGGCAAUUGAAGAACAUUUUGCAAAUAGUGUAUCAUAGCAUGGUUUUUGUAUUUUACCAAGUAACGUUGUAAUUUGCGCUAAAUACAUAGUUGGUUGUCCUCACCCGUGUUCUCAUUCACAACAUAACUAAUCAUAAAAUCUAAGACGCUUAAAUUAUGUAAUAGAGAAUUGACCUAUGUAGAUAUUUGUUGGAAACGUGGAAUUAAAGAAAAAAAUAUCAUGAAAUAUUCACCUUUUACUG